UGUGUUUCGGAUGAUCUCCCCCACAGCCUGCUCCACGUAUUGAGAUGAUCUAUUUUUGUGAUGGCGAAGGGUCUGUUUCCACGGGCCUGGGUGAAAAAGUCAUUCUACUUCCAGGCUCGGAUCUCCUUUGUGCGGGUGAAGUACCUGUUCCUGACAUGGCUGACGGUGCUGGUGGGGAGCUGGGUGCUCUAUGUGCAAUACUCCGCCUACACCGAGCUGUGCAGAGGACACGAGUGCAAGAACGCCAUUUGUGAUAAAUACAGGAGGGGAAUCAUCGAUGGCUCCGCCUGCAGCAGUCUGUGCGACAAAGAAACGCUCUACAUGAGCAGGUGUCUGUCAACGCUGCCCAACAACCAGGUGUACACGGGGAGCUGGGGAGACCACGAUGGGAUCAUCCGCUGUAAGCUGGGGGAGGUUGUGCACUACGAGCUGGGCGAGGAACCGGAGCCACGGAGAGAAGCCCCCGUGUUCGACAAGCCCACCAGAGGAACCUCAGUGGAGAAGUUCAGAGAGAUGGUCUUUAAUCACCUCAAGUCCAAGCUUGGAGAGCAGGCCAACCUCGCCAGCCUCGUCAGCCAGAUCCUCUCUGUCGCCGAUGGCAACAGAGACGGACGGGUGUCACUGCCAGAAGCUCGCUCCACGUGGGCCCUCCUGCAAAUGGACGAGGUGCUGCUGGGCCUGCUGCUCCAAGACCGGGGACACACUCCUCGCCUCCUCGGCUACUGCGGAGACCUGUACAUGACGGAGCGGAUCCCCUACGGGCCCCUGUAUGGGCUGUCCCUGCCCUGGCCCCUUGUGUCCUGGGUGCCCAGUGGUGUGCAGCGCACCAUGGACCAGUGGUUCACCCCCUCCUGGCCCCGCAAAGCCAAGAUCUCCAUGGGCCUGCUGGAGCUCGUGGAGGACAUCUUCCACGGCACCUACGGCAGCUUUCUGAUCUGCGACCUCGCCGCGGCGCACUUCGGUUACACCAGCGGCCACGAGCUCCGUCUGACCAACACUCGAGCGGUGGUUCCCGAGGACGAGUUCCGGCGCACCAUGCGAGCGCUGAAGUGCGAGUCAGAUGCCGACUGCGUGUACGGGGUGGACUGCCAGACCUCGUGUGACUUGUCGGAGAAGCGGUGCAGGGCGGAGCCGGUUCAGCCCAACCUGGCGAAGGCGUGCGGCACGCUGAAGGACUAUCUCCUGCGUGGGGCGCCGUCGGGGAUGAGAGAGGAACUGGAGAGGCAGUUAUACGCCUGCAUGGCUCUCAGAGGUAAUGCCGGACAGAUGAACAUGGAGCACUCGCUUAUCCUGAACAACCUGAAAGCUCUGCUGUGGAGACAGAUCUCACACACCAAGGACUCGUGACAAGGAGACAAGUCCUUGUUGAGUCGUAUUAGUCAGUUCUUCAAGUAGAACUGAGUGUAAAAGAUGCUGUGAUUUACAAGUAGCAAAUUUAAUGAAGUCUUUUUAUCAACUUCUAACACUUAUGAAUGGUCAGGCUGAUGGACCUACCUCCUCUAUCCCAAUUUUAAAAGUUCGGGGCCUGGAAAACUUGUUUGAGUACUUUGAUAAGACUGAUAUAAACUGAAUGAUUGCAUGUUGCCAUCGAUCACACUUGUCACGCGAACACAUGGCAUCGUAUUGUAUUGUUCACCACGGGGGAAUGUUACGAGGACAGAUUUUACUGUUUCCAGUCUGAAGAGCUGAGACACUAAAUCCUGUUUCUGUUACUAUAAAGACGAGUGAGCGAGCUCCGGUUUUAGGCAGAAAUAAAAACGCAGCAUUUCGAGAUAGGCUCCCUAAUUCUGCUACGGUUGCUGUUAGGAUCCAUAACAUGAUCAGGGAGUUUACUUCUGCUGGACAAUAUCUCAGAUUUUUUGCUCUUUUUAAUAAAUCCAAUGGAAGGACCAAACUGAACCGUGCAUUAUCAGUUCUUUUAGAUUUUACCGAACUGUCUGCAGCACUAAGCACACUGAUGCAGAAAAAAUACCUCAAUUAAUGCAAAAAAAAAAGAUUAAAAGAUUUGCUAAAACGGCCGCUCUGCAAUGCAGUAGAGGCUACCCAAAAAAAGGAGUGCAUUUGUUGGAGAUUAAAACUAAUUUGGUGCACGAGUCGGCUCAAAAUUAACUAGUUAUGCUCCUUGUGACGGAGGAACGCGUCUCUAGCUGAUGUAGUCAACAGCUUAGAGACGACAAUGUUGAACUAAAACUCCUAAAAGUCCAAAUCAGACAGAAAUAUUUGACUUGGUCGUUUAUUUAUUGUGAAAAAUGAUCCUCUAUCGCAUACGUGUGAGCAGAAGAAGUAUGUGAAGUUAUAGGACUAGCUGAGGAUGUGAAGGUGAAAUGAGAGUCUGGUGUUUUCAAUGAACGGAGACGUUGGAGGUCAGCGUGCUCUGGUCUAUUAAAAGAACAGGCAUCCAUCAAAGAGUGAAGUUUGUGAAAAGGCAUCGCGUCGGGAACAAAGGACGUCGGUUUAAAGAGCUGUUGAUGCUCAUUAGGCUGGAAAAGGCUACGAAACAUAUCGACUAAUCCACAGAGGGAUUGUGUACAAAUAGAGGAAAUUCAAGACCAUUGUUGUCGUCUGUAGGAGGGGGUCGCCCCACAAAGAAAGCCAGGUGAGGUCAACGAGGACUCUUCUAAGCAACUCUUUAGCAUUGACAGGAGGUACAGGAGGGCUGUAGCCCAUCUGCAGUUUGCAAAAGACCACAUGGACAAGCCAGAGGGCUGCUGGAAUCAUGCCGAUUGGAUUAAAAUAGAACUUAUUGGUUCAAAUGAGAUGUUUGAAAAGAUUCAGGCAAACACGGCGGUGGCAUUAUCAUAGCCUGUUCUGCUGCAUCUGUGCGGCUCAUUGUCAGAAGAUUGAAUUCUAAAUUAUAUCAGCAAAUUGUAAAGGUCAGGACACGUGGAGGGAAUCUCAAGAGAAAGCUGUAAGCUGACGGGCCGGGUUAAAGGAGGGUUAGUGUUUGUGAACGGUCAAGUUCUGAUGACACCGAUCCAGUCGAGAUGUGACGUUACAAACCAAAGCGAGUUGUUCGUUUGAGGAGAUCGCAGUGGAAACUGUUAUUGUUACGGGAGAGAUUUAGUUGAGAACAUGUUGACAUACUCUGGAUACUCACAGAUAUGUCAGACUGGAUCAUUUUCCUACAAAUAAAGUAAAACACUUUUAGAGGACCUCUGUGAAAAUCUAAUCAUAUUUCAGGCCUUAAUCAUGCAGAAAUAUAGAAACAUUCUCCAGACAGUAGCUGAGGAUUGUUGGUUUUGGUCUUUUCAGAGGAUUUCAUGACAACAAAAACUCCCAGACUCGACCUUUAACAAGUUCAGAAUAGUGACACGUUCUAGAGAAAAAAAAACUUGACUUAAUGAGUGAAGGAAUUGAACACCUUAGAGAAGCUGUGUGGUGGUUUUUCUGUCACUGAUCUGUAUUAUUAACUUCAAGAAGGACACUGAAGGUUUCCUACAGGAGUCGACGUGCUUCACAACCCCGGUGACAUCAUCAAUGCUGCAUCGACGACACGACGGGGAAAAAAAAUUAAUGUAUUUGAUUUGUGAAUGUUAGAUAUUUGUACUUCAUUUGUGGUAUUGAACUCACUGUUUUUGGAUUUUUGGAUGUGCCAUCGAGAUCUGAGACGUUUUCUGAAUGUUCUGGUGGAGAUGCUGAUUAAACCUCGUGAUCACAGUAGACGCUGUACAAGAGGUCACUUCCCACGACACCUACUGGAACGUAUGUACUGACUGGAGUGAACAACCACUUAAACGCAGACGGACCCGUGAAGCAUGUUGAGCUUGUGGUCAGUGCUGCUGUCUUGAAAAUGUAUAAAAUGUUUACUUAUUGAAGAAACCAGCAUGAUUUUGCACAAUCAACACGAUGUACCACUUCACUGUAACUUGUCCGAUCGUUUUUUUUUCUUCUUCUGGUUUCAAACACAUCCCGGCUGUAAGUCAUCCUCUGACGCAUCAUGUGGAUUAAAGAUUAUCACAGUGAA